AUUACAAAAAGAACCCUGCCGUUUUGAGAAUUCAACCCGCGGUCCCCCUGGAAAGAAAAAAAACCUAGCCACACGAACGACCCAUGAACCCCAAUCUCAUCCACCUCCAGCGCCGCCACGCCCUGCAACGCCGCCGCGCGCCGCCGAACUCCGCCCCGUCGUCGCCCCGCCGAAAUCCGCCGGAACUCGACCCGCCGUCGCGCCGCCGCUCAAGCCCAGCUUCUGGAUCGGGUCAACGCGGUGGCUCGAGCGGCUGGGGGCGGCGCGGUGGCUCGAGCGAACCAGACCGCUCUGCCUCCCGCAGCUCCAUCCUGCCCGAGCUCCCCUCGCCCCCGCAAGCCGCCUCGCCGGCGACCCCACACCUCCGCCGCGCCUCACCGCCGGAGCUCCGGCCGCUCCGCCGCCUCGCCCCUCUCCUCCUUCCUCUCGAUCUCCUCUCACCUCUUUCUCUCUUUCUCGCUGAACAGGGACCUCCAGAAGGGCCAUGGCGCCACCAGCCCUUAAUCUCGCCGGAUCCGGCCGCCUGCACGCCAAAUCCGCCGGAAAUGGAUCCGUCCCGUCCAGAUCCGGCCGGAUCCGACCGGGCCCCGCCAUCCUCGUCACUGGAGCACCGCCCCGCUCGACCAACAGCGUCGGCGCUGUCUGUCCCUGCCCGCGUCUGCACGAGGACGACGCUCGUCCCGCUCGCUUGCAGCAAUCGCAUGGGCCGCCGCCCCAGCCGUCCCGGCAUCAAGCCAAGGCCCAGCCCAAGCCACAUCUUCUGCCGCUCCAUCAUUGCCCACCUUGAGAUCAGCCCCGACGCCACCACCAUCUUCAGAUGCGAGUUGUGUCAACACCAACCUCAGAGCUGGAAUAAGGAGUGCGCAUUCGCAUUGAUGAAACAACUUCCCCAUAGCCCGCUGCUACUGCCCACUACCACAAUCUUGCAUAGAUACUUGUGAGUACGUGAGAACAUCUGUAGGCUAAUAAACAGUACAAACACCAGGCUUAGUUUCGGAGUACAUAUAUUGCAUCGACUGGUAUGAUGUCUGAAUAUAUAUCUGACUAGAGCCAUCAUAUGGACAAAUAAUCUUUGUAGCAGUCUGUUGGAUAAUUAUUGGAGAUGAUGCACUCUGAUGGACAGAUAUAGAAACCCAUUGUUAUUUUCAGGUGAAAAUCUUGCACAUAUCUAUGUUGAAACCAGCCAUUGAUGUCCCCAAAAUUCACUAUACUAAGUACAACAAUAUAUAUUGAUUGC